AUGGAUUCCUCCUCCUUCAAUGCACUUGGCCAAAGGACGGACCAAAUUAUUCAAGAAAGAUUACGUUUUUAUCGAGGCUGCGCAAAAGUGGAAUUGCGCCAUUUGGUGUUUGAUAGUGACGAUGUGCUGGGUUCUCGACCACUAGAUAGGAGCAACGUGGGAAGAUUGGUCAAUAUUUUCAACAUCGAAGGGUGUUCUCAUUUCGAACCAGAGCACCGUGUGGCUGCAAUCAUCAGCGAGGAUACCUUGAAUAGAAGUCUUUUACGCUCCAAUACAACACAAGAAGCUCUUCUUGAUGUUGUCGACCCGCCCAUGCUGGUUUUUGAAGACAAUACCAAACUACUGUGUCCCUAUGGCAAACAUCGUCUCAAAGCCGCAGAGGAGUACGGAGAGGCUCUGCCUCCUGAGGCGUUGACCCAACUAAGAGAGGAAUCCUCCAAUGCGCGGAAUUUCAAAGAUGGUGAGAUAUAUCGGAUCUACAGACAGUAUGAGCUUCUUAACGACACUACACAAGCAAGAAAGUGGUGGGCAAAGUUUGAGUCCGACGAUCGAAGGAAGGACUUUCGACGACUGCUCAGUAACAGCCUCCUUCGCGAAGGAUUCGACCGGCUGCUGCCCUACAUUGGGAUCUGGGACCCGUUAAAGUCAACCCAAGUUGAACGAAUUUUGGGAAUGCGAUGCCAUGAGAUUUGGUCGACUCUCUUCUCUAAGGAAAAGGCGUCCUAUGUUGAUCCCACUUCUGUACGGCUCUUGGAGGGCCUUAUGCCGCAGUAUUCCCACAGCGACCAAAAUCGAAUCAUGGAGCUGAUGGAAUCUGGACAGCUCUUUCCUCUCGUUCCUGGGGUAGAAGAAAGGAGAGCGCUUUUGGAUCGAUUGCUUGCGACCUCUGGAAGAAUUCUCUCACUCAACACUCUAAUACAUGACACACUUUAUCUGGAGCGGCCUGCAAGGGCAUUUCGCAGCCUUCUCCCUCAAAAGUUCAAGGGAUCGCUGAAACAUGCCAUGCUAAGACAGCAUCAACCCCGGGGAACCCCUGGACAGUGUGAAAUACAGAUUUCGGAACAUGAAUUCAAAACUGUGCAGGUUUGGGGGAGCUCUUUCUUGCUCGUUAUGAUGCAACUGUGGCUGUUCGCUCUAAGACAUUUCGUUUCGCCGCACAUGGAACGAAAAUCAAAACAGGAAGCAGCAGACUGGCCAAUAGAGCCUCGAUCUCUAAGCAAGAUGGCAAUCUUGGCUGACAGAUUUGGUUUUACUUCAGAUAAGAUGAAGGAGCUUCGACAAACAGACUUCGAUGAAGCAACUAUAGAACACUUUCUGCGCGCCAUCUGCAGGGAAGAGUUUUACAUGGUCGAAGAUAGCAAGAUCAGGUUAAUGGCACUACGAUUCAAGGAAUAUUUGCGGAACUUGUCUAGGCACCAAGAAAAGCCACGAGGCACACCAGUGUUUUCCACGGAUGAUCCUGAUAAAAUGGCCCAUCGCAGAUACAAUAGCCCCCGUUUGGACGAAUAUGAGAGGGACAGAACGUACCUCUUUAUCGAGCAUAUAUACAGUCCAAGUCAGCCUCCAGGACAGUAUCCAACUUCCUUUGCCGUCACCAGAGAAAUCUUCUUCUCGUUUUUCGGGAGAGAACCCCCCUACACAAUACUAUCACAAAGGGAUGCCUCUGUGCCACCUGCCCCUGCUCAAGCCGAAGACGCAGACAGUCAACAGGCCAAUGAAAGCACAACUAGUCCGCAACCUACAGCGACGGGCAAUACUCCAGUACAGGACAACGAAGGAGGUGAAAGAAUAGCAACGCACUCUGAGUUACCGGAGAUUGUAGUGUCAGAACCUGUUGAUCUCGAACCUCAUCCUCCAGGUACUCCUGAUCGUUUGAUGGAAGGGGUUGAGUUUGAUCCACCAUUGGCACACGGGUUCGAGGAUCACACGUGCAAGGCCCCAUUGGAGAAAAGAGCAGAGAUAUCUCUUCAUCGAAGCGCAACCCAGGUCCUUGAUAUGUGGCGUGAGUCCGAUAACAGAGACCUCAUUGUGCUUUAUAUGUUUGAGUCCCGAAGAUAUAUCAAGUUUCUUGCUCAGGGUGGACUGAACUUACAGUUGACCUUGGAUGAUCUCGGGCGAGAUCACUAUUUCCUUACUAUCAAAGGGGAUGAGGUGGAGGUUCCGGAAAAUGUAUAUGAGGGUGCUUUAGAAAAGCGACUUGUCUUGGUUGGCAGAAAGAAUGCCCGGAGCCGUGGAAUCAGGGACGGAUAUGGACAAAUCUCCCUAAGUGAGUUGCGAAAAUACUUGUCCGCGUAUGAUGUCCGGACUGGAAAGAGGAAACUUGAAGAAGACGAUAAUUAUCCAGAGCCAGACAAACCGUCAUCUUCCCGGUUGAGGAUCUUAUGA